AUGCAUCCUCGCGGGUGGGGCCCUCUGGCCACUUGCCCGGCCGUGACUCAGCUUUGGCAGGCUGGCGCACAGGCCUGGGGCCCCGGGCUGUGCGGGACCGAAACAAAGCCGCGCUCGAACGCGCCCUCCCCGGGCCGCGCCGCACCUGCAGCGCCGCUUGGGCUCCCUCCCCUCCCGGGGGCGGCGCUGGCUGUUGCCAGGCAGGCCGGGCCCGCGGCGGCUGCAGUUGGCUCCCGGCCUCCCGCCGCCCGUCGCCUCCGCGCCGCCUCCGCCCGUGAUGAAGAAGACAUGGGCUUUGGAGCAGAUGGACAUGGAUCUGCGUUCAGUGAUCAGCUCCUCAAGCAGACCUUCCCUGGGUGCAACAGCAGAAGGAGCACAUGGCCAUCCUGCUCCAACAUGUGACUUUUUCGGGGGAGUACCAGGAAUUGAACCUGGGGCGCUCAGCCCCUGAGCUACAUUGCCAGCCCUUUGCAUUUUUUAUUUUGAGACCGGGUCUCGCUAAGUUGCUUAGGGCCUCCCCUGCUAACUUGCUGAGGCUGUCUUUGAACUUGCAAUCCUCUUGCCUCAGCCUCCAGAGUCACUGGGAUCAUAGGUGUGCACCACCACAGCGUGCUAUGUGACUGUUUUUCAGAGUGUGGGUCAGCCCCUGAAAUUACCUUCUUUGUUCAUUUAGGUUGUCUUGCUCACCUUCAUGAGGAUGGGUCAAGGCAGGGGCCUCAUGUUCCUUAUUCAAUGCUGUGUCCCACACCUAGAACAGUGCUUGGCAUAGACCUGGUGCUCAGUAGACCACUGUGAGCGGACUGAACAACACUUGAGAUUGCUAAGAGAAUGAAACACAGAUUAAAGCAUAUGUUAAAACAACCACUUUGGAAAAUUGGCAGUUUCUAAUAAAUCUAAGCAUAUGGUGACAAGGAACAGCAGUUCUCCUGAAUAUACACAGGAGAGGAAUGAUGCAUAUAUCCAGAAGACUCCUAGCCUAAGAAUGUAUGCAGCCUCAUUCACAACAGCUUGAACCUGGAAAUGACCCAAAUGGCCAUCAAUG